CCACCUUUCUGUAAACCUAAACCUAAGAACUUCUGCAAAACAACCGCCAUCUCUCUCGUUUCACAUCUUUCUUUCAAAACAUAAACCUAACACAUCUCUGCAAAGAUCCAUCGAGUUCUUUCACUCAACUUCUCGGUUCUCUGGCACGACCUAAGGGUUUGACAUGGCCAGAAGACGCAGCAGUAGCAGCGAGUCGAGUGAAGAUGAUGAGAGGAGACGCAGUGGCUGCGAAUCUGAGGAUGAAGAGAGGGAUAGGUAUCGGCGUGGUGGUAGGAGUGGUAGGAAGAGUUCUGGUCACCGCAGGGAUAAUAGUGAUGGAAGUAACUCGGGGGAAGAGAUAAAUAGAGCUGAGAGGGAUGGUGUUAUGGGGAGUGAUAAAAAAAGUAGGAGUAGGGAGAGAAAGGAGAAGUCAGAGAGCUCAGAGGAGGAGGGUCAGAUUGUGAAUAAAAAGAGGGUUAGUGAAGAGAAGGGAAAGGAUGAGAGGCUGUCGCAGGAUUAUGAUGGACGUGGGGGGAGAGAUGCUGAAGAAGAUAGCCGGGGUGAUAGGGCUUCUCGUCGAGUGAAUGGUCAGAGUGAAAGGCGAGGGGAGAAAGAGAGUCAUAGAUUGCAUCACAGGGAUAGAUGGCGAGGGGAGAAAGAGAGUCAUAGAUUGCAUCACAGGGAUAGAUGGCGAGGAGGGGAGGAAGGCAAGAGUAGAAUUGUGGAUCGCCGUGGACGGCAUGAUUCAGAAGAAGAUCACAUUGAGCUGACCAGGAAAUCAGACGGGUAUAGUGAUAGGGAUAAGAGGCGAAAAGUGGAAAAGGGUGGUAACAGACACUCACGUUAUGAUUCGGAGGAAGAUGAUAGGGAGUUGGCAAGGAAAUCAGAGAGGGAUAGUGAUAGGAGACGAAGAAGACCUGAAAGGGAUGAUGACAAUGAGCGCAACCACAGGGAUAAGGGUGUGAGCAAGCAGCAAGAAGAAAGUAGGAAGAAAGAGAAUGGAAAUGGGAGAACUGUUAGAGAUGCAAAUCCUCAACGACAGACAACUAUCCCAGGAGGUAACCUGAACGGUGAUGCAUCUAAUUUGGGCAAGAGUGGAGGUGUUUACAUUCCCCCCUUUAAGAUGGCGAUGAUGAUGAAAGAAGUUCAGGAUAAAAGUAGUGUAGAAUAUCAAAGGUUAACGUGGGAUGCUCUGAGAAAGAGCAUAAACGGGCUUGUAAAUAAGGUUAAUGCUACAAACAUAAAAAAUAUAAUUCCUGAAUUGUUUUCGGAAAACCUGAUCAGGGGAAGGGGACUUUUUUGUCGGUCAUGUAUGAAGUCACAGAUGGCAUCUCCGGGAUUUACAGAUGUUUUUGCUGCCUUGGUUGCUGUUGUUAAUACAAAGUUUCCCGAGGUGGGGGAUCUUUUGCUUAGAAGGAUUGUUUUGCAGCUUAAGAGGGCUUAUAAGCGGAAUGACAAGCCUCAAUUACUAGCAGCUGUUAAAUUUAUAGGGCAUCUGGUGAAUCAGCAAGUAGCUCAUGAGAUCAUUGCUCUUGAGUUACUCACAGUUUUGCUCGAGAAACCUACUGACGAUAGUGUUGAAGUAGCUGUUGGUUUUGUGACAGAAUGUGGUUCAAUACUGCAGGAUCUCUCACCUAAGGGUCUUCAUGGUAUCUUUGAGCGUUUUCGUGGGAUUCUUCAUGAGGGAGAAAUUGACAAACGUGUUCAGUUUCUGAUUGAAGGCUUGUUUGCAAUAAGAAAAGCGAAGUUUCAGGGUUAUCCAGCUGUUCGUCCUGAGCUAGAUCUUGUGGAGCAGGAAGAUCAGUUAACUCAUGAAGUGUCCUUGGAUGAAGAGAUAGAUCCUGAGAUUUCCCUUGAUAUAUUCAAGCCAGACCCCAAUUUCCUGGAGAAUGAGAAGCGGUAUGAAGAGUUGAAGAAAUCAAUGCUGGGUGAGGAAUCCGAGGAUGAAGAGGAAGGCAUGGAUGCUGAGUCAGAUGAUGAAGAUGAAGAGGAUGAGUCUGAUGAAGAGGAUGAAGAACAGAUGCAAAUAAAAGAUGAAACAGAGACAAAUCUUGUCAAUCUUCGAAGGACAAUAUACUUAACGAUUAUGUCUAGUGUUGAUUUUGAGGAAGCAGGUCAUAAGCUUCUGAAAAUUAAGCUAGAGCCAGGUCAAGAGAUGGAAUUGUGCAUUAUGCUUUUGGAAUGUUGCAGCCAAGAGAGAACCUAUCUCCGAUAUUAUGGUCUUCUGGGGCAGCGUUUCUGCAUGAUCAACAAAGUACACCAAGAAAAUUUUGAGAAGUGCUUUGUGCAGCAGUACUCCAUGAUUCACCGACUUGAAACAAAUAAACUGCGUAAUGUGGCAAAAUUUUUUGCUCAUUUACUUGGCACAGAUGCUUUACCUUGGCAUGUUUUAUCAUAUAUACGCCUGACUGAAGAGGACACAACUUCUUCUUCACGUAUAUUUAUUAAGAUUCUCUUCCAGGAAUUAUCAGAACAUCUUGGAAUCCGGAUGCUAAAUGAGCGGUUAAACGAUCCAACUAUGCAAGAAUCUUUUGAAUCCAUAUUUCCAAAAGAUAAUCCAAAAAACACACGGUUCUGCAUUAAUUUCUUCACAUCCAUUGGUCUUGGUGGUCUUACCGAGAACCUACGUGAGUAUUUGAAGAAUAUGCCACGUCUUAUCAUGCAACAACAAAAACAAGUUUCAGAAUCUGAAUCAGAUGAUGAGUCGGGGAGUUCUGCUUCAUCGGAUUCUGGUAGUUCAGACUCAGAUUCAACUAGUUCUGAUGAGAGUGACGCUGAGCAUGAUAGAAGACAGAGAAAGCGGAGGAGAAAAUGAAGUUAUUUUAUUUUUAAUUUUAUAAUUUUGCUUGUAUGGAGAUACUUUAGAGGUGGAAAAAAAUUUGUACCAGGAAAUGUAAUCAAAUUUUCGUUCAAUUUUUUUUAAAAGAAGCCUUUAUUCUGUAGAUAAUGUCUAUUUGUUUUUAACAAUGGGAUCGUGACCUGUCAUGGUCACAUCGCAAGCCGAUUUUCAAAUACCUUAAAAUGAUGUCUAUUUUUUGAUAAACAUUUCAUAUAGUGGCUGUGACGUGCUUCAAGGCCAUAGAUUUAUACAAUAGUUUUAUUUUAGACA